UCUCAAACCCUCCUUUAAAAAGGGUUUCUUCUUAUAAAGCCCAGUCGUAUCUCAGAUCUAACCCUCUCUCAUUUUGACUGUGUAAUCAUGGCCGAUUGUCCCAUACACCUCCUCAAAUCUCUACCCAUAUGGCUUCUUUUUCUUCUUGCUAUUGGUUCCUUAUCCUUGCUCAAACUCGCCCUAAACGUCUUAUGUUGGGUCUACGUCAAUUUCCUCAGACCUCCAAAGAAUCUUAAGAAAUACGGUUCAUGGGCUCUCGUUACCGGAUCCACAGACGGCAUCGGGAAAGCUUAUUCCUUUCAAUUAGCUCGUAAAGGUCUCAAUUUGAUCCUGGUCGGUCGAAAUCCCGACAAGCUUAAGGAUGUUUCAGAAUCGAUCCAGGCCAAGUACAGAAAAACCCAGAUCAAAACCGUUGUGUUUGAUCUCGUUGGAGACUUGGAUGAGGGUAUUAAACGAAUCGGAGAAGCUAUUGAAGGUCUUGAUGUGGGUAUUCUGGUGAAUGUCGCCGGCGUUGGAUACCCUAAUGCUAAGUAUUUCCAUGAUGUGGAUGAUUCGUUGAUUUCAGAUUUGAUCAAAGUCAAUGUUGAAGGAACGACUAAGAUUACUCAAGCUUUACUUCCUGGUAUGCUUAAACGGAAGAAAGGAGCAAUUAUUAGUCUUGGCUCUGGUGCAGCCAAUCUCAUCCCUUCUUACCCUCUUUACUCUGUUUAUGCCGGCACAAAAACAUAUGUUGAUCAGUUCUCAAGGUGCCUUUAUGUAGAAUACAAGAAAAGUGGAAUCGAUGUGCAAUGUCAGGUACCACUAUGGGUUGCAACUAAGAUGACAAAGAUAAGAAAAGCUUCGUUUCUGGUUGCAUCGCCUGAAGCGUAUGCUGCUGCAGCGACGAGGUGGAUAGGUUACGAGCCACGAUGCACUCCUUACUGGCCACAUUCCCUUAUGAAGGCGGUUUUAUCUUUAUUUCCUGAAUCAUUUGUUGAUGGUUACAUUCUGAAAUACUCUCUUGCAAUCCGCAAGAAAGCUCAGCAAAGAGAGGCUGCCAAGAAGCAGGAAUAGAAUACAAGAGAAGUUGGUUGUUGAGCUCGUUAUCGUUGAAUUCAGAUUAAGAUUCUUAACCUAGUAAAGUUCAGAUGGCUGCUGGAUAUUUGUAUUUUUACUUAAUGUUGUUGUACGCAUGAUCAUGGAUUUGGUUUGUUCAAUAAACAAUGUUGGUGUUCUUUA